GUUACUGUGGUUAAUUGCUGUCACUUGUUGAGGGAAUAUCCCUCGUUUCUACAAUGCAAACAGCUAUGUUACCUUUCCAUUACAGUCUGACUUGUCCUCAAUACAGCGAAUCCAAUGGAAGCACUAGUCUAAAUGCAUCCUCCACUAACACCUUCUAUGAUUCCGUUAUUGCAGUCAGUAUGCAAAAUGUCCUUCCUGUAUCCUACGGUAACAUCGGAAAAAAUUAUAAUUCUCCCUUUUACAACGAACGAUCCAGAAAAACUUCUAAAAAGGCUCCAUUUUCCAUAGAAGCUAUCUUAGGACUGGAUGAUAAACAUUCUCAGGAGAGUGCGAGGAUGAAACUGGUCAGAGGAUGCGAAAGUAGAAGCUAUCAGAUUACUUCACCCCUAUCACCCGAUUCUACUGCUAAAGUAUCUUCACUUAAAUGUGAAACUUCGACAGGAACUCGAGAAAUUAAUGGAAACAGUUCUACAAAAUCGUCGAGUGGGGGAAAAACAAAACGAGUCAGGACAAUCUUCACACCAGAACAAUUAGAACGUUUGGAAAGUGAAUUCGAAAGACAACAAUAUAUGGUCGGACCCGAACGAUUAUAUCUUGCUUCUUCAUUGAACUUAACGGAGGCUCAAGUUAAAGUUUGGUUUCAAAAUCGAAGAAUUAAAUGGAGGAAGCAGCAUCUGGAAUUACAGCAAGCGAGACUGGCCAAUUUACAGAGAGAGCGGGAUCUCGAUUACGACGAUGGAAAUGAGUUACCAACGACUUCAAAUACUGUUUAUGAACCGUAAAUUAAGCAUAUUCAUUAUGAACCUCUUGUAUGUUUUAUCUGUUAAAGCAUCUGGGAAAAGGACCUUGGAUUGUAGGACCACUAAAGAAACAAGUCUGAAACAAUAAAUCCAACAACUACAAAUCAAUAUUUUGUGUUCAAACGAUUAAUGAAAAAGUCAAUGACUUAAAAAAUAAUUUCUGUUUUCAAGAAUUAGCUAAUCAUUUGUUAAGAUUAGUUUUUCCAACUUCUUCGUCAUGUUUUUAACAUUCUACAAGAAUCUAAAUAAGACUAAUUGUAAUUGCAUAAAAUAAGAAUUAUAUAUUGAUUCAAAAACGUUUUUAACCGAAUAAUCGUAAAGGAUCAAACAAUAUAAAAUUAAAAAAUAUAAUUCAGAUUACAUAACCUGUAUUUUGUUUGAGAAAAAGCAUAUUUGACGACAAGCUUUCAAGAGAAUCAAUCAUCAACGGCCCCUCAACCUGGGUUUCUCAUU